AUGGGCGCCGAACGAAGAACCACAACGCUGAAGCGCGACACCAACGAAACAAAGAUCUCCCUCGCGCUCUCGUUAGACGGCGGUCCCGUCCCACCGCUCGAUGGGGAGGAAGAGGAGGCUCGCACAAAUGGCGAGGCAAAGGGACAUGCGGCGCAGGUCUCUAAGAGCCAGACGAUAGAUGUAGACUCGGGCAUUGGGUUCCUGGAUCAUAUGAUUCAUGCGCUAGCGAAACAUGCGGGGUGGAGUUUGAGGAUUAGGUGUCGAGGGGACCUACAUAUCGACGACCACCACACAGCCGAAGACACCUUCAUCGCGCUCGGCGCCGCCUUCAAAACCUCCCUCGGCUCCUCCACCGGCCUUGCACGCUUCGGCAGCGCCUACUGUCCCCUCGACGAAGCCCUUUCACGCGCGGUUAUCGACCUCUCGAAUCGUCCAUACUCCGUGAUAGAUCUUGGGUUGAAAAGGGAGAAGAUUGGGGAUUUGAGCUGUGAAAUGAUACCGCAUUGUCUGCAGAGCUUUGCGCAGGCGGCGGGGGUUACGCUGCAUGUGGAUUGCUUGAGGGGGGACAAUGAUCAUCAUCGCGCAGAGAGCGCGUUCAAGGCGCUGGCUGUUGCGACGAGGAUGGCCACGACGAGGGUCGCCGGGCGGGAGGGAGAGGUGAUGAGUACGAAGGGCGUUUUGUAUUGA